CCCCCAACAAAGAAAGCCGAAUGCACACUCUGUUUGGAUCCCUGACCCCCUCCUGUAUGUGUUAGCCCUCUCUUCCCGAGUCAGUGCCCGUCUCCCCUUCACGCUCGCUGGAAGCGAUCUGCUCACAGAGACCCGGCCCGAGGCCUGACCCGUAGUAGCGCUGCGUGGGAUGCAUGUUCAGUGUGUGUGAGCCAUGUGUGAGUGUCUGCGAGGGAUCUUCCGGAUCACCUGGACACCCUCUUCAGAUGCAGACUCUGACAGAGAGGACAGUCAUGGGAAUCCAGAAGCCAGAGAUUCUCCCGUAAAGAACAAAAGACGCUCUCCCCCCUCAGAUAGACCUCCUUUUGGCCCUCAUCUAAGUACACACCACAGCAUCUCUGCUGAUGAACAGGACAGCCCAGAGCGAAUUGUUCAGAAGGAAAAACUCCAUGCAGAACUAAAACAAGUUUUGAGUCAGAAGAGAAGCCAGCUUAGAGACACCCAAUCCACCCUCAGAGACAUGGAGGAACCCCCCAACACAGACAAUAAGAAUGGGGCGGAAAAGGAUAACCAGUUGUCAGAGCUCGUGGAAGUGGUUGUUGAAACACAGGCUGAAGUUGGAGCUAGUGGGUACAGUGUGGUGGGUGGAGGGGAGCGUGGCAUCUUUAUCCAAGAGGUCUUGAGAGACUCCCCAGCAGCAAAGCACCUCAGCCUACAGAAAGGAGAUCAGCUGCUAAGUGCCAGGGUGUAUUUUGAUAACGUGAAAUAUGAGGACGCAUUAAAAAUUCUUCAGUGUGCAGAACCCUACAAAGUGUCCUUCUUUUUGAAGAGGACUGUGCCAGGAAGUGAAGUCAGCAUUCGUCCAGGUGCACAAAGUCUUGAGCUCAGAGGACCUAAGGCCAAGAUGCAAAGAAUGAGCGUCAAAACCGUGAAACCGUUCAAAGCCAAGAAAAGGAGAGGAGGAAGAUUUGGAUUGAAAAGACUGAAAGAAAACAAAAAAGCAAAAGCACAGGCAGAGCUGGACACUGAGGGCUCACCAGCCAAAUCAGACCUCAGUCCAGUUGAUGUUGAGUUUGUAUUCCCAAAGUUCAAGAUGAGGAAAGGUGGGAGGGCCACUGCAGAUGUAUCAGGACAUAUGGAGGGCGUGAUCCCUAGUAGCAAGAAGAAGAAGGAGAUGAGAUUUCCAAAAAUAAAAGUCAUGGAUGCUGCUGUCGGUGAAGGGAAUGUCAAUGUAGAUGUUGCAACACAUGAGGGAGAGGCCUCUGCAACAAAGAUGAAGGUCAAGGCGAAAGGUCCAAAAUUUGGAAUGAAUUUCUCCAAAUUGAAAAAGUCAAAAUUAGAUGUACAAUCUUCAAAUGACAGCUUUGAGGUGAAGGGCCUAGAGGCCAGAACUAAGCCUCCGUCAGUAGAGUGCGAUUUGAACAUGCCUCAGGGCAAAGCUGAAACUAAUGUUCCUAAUCUUGAGGUUAGUGUUAAAGGAAAAGGACAGGGUCCUGAGAUAAAAAUGCCAAAGAUGAAUUUAGAUGUCUCAGAUACAAAGAUGACAAUCCCAAAGUUUAAACUGCCAAAGGUAAGACUUUCUUGUCAUUCUGAUGAAAUUGAUGGAGAGGCAAAUAAACAAAACGAUACAUAUGAAAGUAAACUGAAAACGCCCAAGAUUGACAUCAAAGCACCAAAUGUGGAUUUAGACUUGCAUCUCUCAAAAACUAAGGGCAUGGCUGAAUUCAAAGAUGCUGAAAAAAUCAACCCGGCCAAACUUGACACAUCAUUACCAAAGCUUAACCUUGAUGCAAAACUUGGAGAUGACAUUGAUGGAUCCAUGGUCAAAGAGCAUAUGAUUUCUCUCCCCCAACUUGACAUUGCAGUGCCCAAGAUAGAGACAUCAGACGUGGACAUGGGUCUUCCUACAUUAGAUGUGACAUUACCAAAGAUGGCUGCAAAAAACAUUGAUACUGAGAGACAUGCAAGUACUGGGGUAAAAUUUAAAGUGACAAAAUUAGACAUCUCUCUUCCAAAAAUAACAUCCCCUGAGGGUGAAGUGAUAGUUGUAGAACCUGAAGCAAAAACUGGAAAAUAUCACCAGCCAAAUAUCAUUAUUUCAUUACCAAAAGGUAAAGCAGAAGAAAAAGUGGAAGGUUAUACUAAGAAAGGAGCAAAGGUCGACAUUUCUUUACCAAAAGAAACAUUAGAGGAGGGUGCCGAUAUUGAGGGCCAGUUUGGAAAAGGGGGAAAGUUUAAAAUGCCUAGCUUAGGUGUCUCCCUACCUGAUGUAAAAUUUCCUGAGCACGCCAUUACUGAGGGGCCUGAAAUAAAAGCAGGAAAAUUGAGUAAGCCAUCCAUUGAAAUUUCACUUCCUAAAGGCAAAACAGAGGGAAAUGUUGAGGUUGGAGAACCAUCUGGGAAAGGAGGCAAAUUCAAAAUGCCACAUCUAGAUGCUUCACUUCCAAAAAUGAAAUUAUCCACAGGUAAAAUCAAUACUGAGGAUCCAGAGGUCAAAGUUGAGAAAUUCCAAAUGCCAUCCGUUGAUAUAUCAUUACCAAAAGGAAACGUAAAGGCUGGCGUUGAGAUCGAGGGUCAUUCUGGUAAAGCGGAAAUGCCCAAAAUUGAUCUGAAAAUGCCAUUGCUAGAGGGUAAAAUCAUUUCUGAAAGUCAUGAAGUAAGCAUUUCUGGAGUUGAUAUUUCAUUACCAAAAGGAAAAACACAUGAACACAAUAAUCUUGAGGUUGAGCAUGGAGAUAAGUUUCAAAUUCCUAAAUUUGAUACAAGUCUACCUAAACUCAAAUCAGGAGAAAGUGAUAUUGAUGUUAAAAGACCCAAUACCAAAGUUGGGAAGUUUCACAUGCCAGAAAUCGAUAUUUCCUUGCAACAUAUAAAAGAUGAAAGAGAUAUUAAUGUGGAUCCCUCUGGUAAAUGUGGAAGGGUUGAAAUGCCAAAGAUUGAUAUCCCUCUGCCUGAAGUGAAAGCUCCUGGUGUUGAGAUUUCUUUGCCAAAAAUGAAGUCAUCCCAGGGUGACAUUAGUUUUGAAGGGCCUGAUAGCAAAAGAUUCAACAUCCCAUCCGUUGAUGUAUCAUUUCCAAAAGUAACAGGCACUGGUGAUGUUGAUGUCAAGAGACAUUCUGGGAAAAUAGGGAAGUUCGAUAUGCCAAAACAGGUUAUUAACUUACCACAAAUGAAAUCAACAGAGACUAAAAUCAAUAUGGAAGCACCUGAAGUGAAAGGUGGAGAUUUGCCAGAUGUUGACAUUUCUCUUCCACAAGGAAAAGUAAAGGGAGAUGUCAUCGUCAAAAAGGGAGGAAAGUUUCAAAUGCCCAAAUUAGAUCUUUCACUUCCGAGGAUGAAAUCCAAACCAGUACAUGUCAAUGUUAAAGGACCUGAGUCAAAAGGAAACACAGUUCACACACCUUCCAUUGACAUUUCUUUGCCUAAAGUUAAAGCUGAGACAAACGUUGAUAUUGAAGGUCAUUCUGGAACAGAUGUAAAGUUUGAAAUGCCAAAAAUUGAUAAUUCAAUGCCAAAAGUGAAAGCUCCAGAAGGAAAAAUGAGAGCUGAAGCUCCUCAGAUCCCAGGAGGAAAGUUAAAUACGCCAUCAAUUGAAAUGUCCUAUCCAAAAGGGAAGGUAAAAGGACACACUGACCUUGAAGGCAAAACGACAGGGGCAAGUAAAGGUGGAAAAUUUCACAUGCCCUCUAUAGAUAUCUCUCUGCCAGGAGGAAUAUCAGGAGGAGAUGUAGAUGUUGAAGGACAUGCAGGAAAAGGAGGAAAAUUUGAAAUGCCCAAAUUCGAUGUUCCCUUGCCUAAAUUAAAACCAUCAGGGGGUGAAAUCGACAUUGAAGGUCCUGAUAUCAAAGGUGGAAAGUUUCACAUGCCCUCUAUAGAUAUAUCUCUACCAAGAGAAGGAGCAGGAGGAGAUGUAGAUGUUGAAGGACAUGCAGGAAAAGGAGGGAAAUUUGAAAUGCCUAAAUUUGAUGUGUCCUUGCCUAAAUUAAAACCCUCAGGAGGUGAAAUUAAUGUUGAAGGUCCUGAUAUCAAAGGUGGAAAGUUUCACAUGCCCUCUAUAGAUAUAUCUCUACCAAGAGGAGGAGCAGGAGGAGAUGUAGAUGUUGAAGGACAUGCAGGAAAAGGAGGAAAGUUUGAAAUGCCUAAAUUUGAUGUGUCCUUGCCUAAAUUAAAACAAUCAGGAGGUGAAAUCAAUGUUGAAGGUCCUGAUGUCAAAGGUGGAAAGUUUCACAUGCCCUCUAUAGAUAUCUCUCUACCAAGAGGAGGAGGAGGAGGAGAUGUAGAUGUUGAAGGACAUACAGGAAAAGGAGGAAAAUUUGAAAUGCCUAAAUUUGAUGUGUCCUUGCCUAAAUUAAAACCAUCAGGUGGUGAAAUCAAUGUUGAAGGUCCCGAUAUCAAAGGUGGAAAGUUUCACAUGCCCUCUAUAGAUAUCUCUCUACCAAGAGGAGGAGCAGGAGGAGAUGUAGAUGUUGAAGGACAUGCAGGAACAGGAGGAAAAUUUGAAAUGCCUAAAUUUGAUGUGUCCUUGCCUAAAUUACAACCAUCAGGAGGUGAAAUCAAUGUUGAAGGUCCUGAUGUCAAAGGUGGAAAGUUUCACAUGCCCUCUAUAGAUAUCUCUCUACCAAGAGGAGGAGCAGGAGGAGAUGUAGAUGUUGAAGGACAUGCAGGAAAAGGAGGAAAAUUUGAAAUGCCUAAAUUUGAUGUGUCCUUGCCUAAAUUAAAACCAUCAGGAGGUGAAAUCAAUGUUGAAGGUCCUGAUGUCAAAGGUGGAAAGUUUCACAUGCCCUCUAUAGAUAUCUCUCUACCAAGAGGAGGAGCAGGAGGAGAUGUAGAUGUUGAAGGACAUGCAGGAAAAGGAGGAAAAUUUGAAAUGCCUAAAUUUGAUGUGUCUUUGCCUAAAUUAAAACCAUCAGGAGGUGAAAUCAAUGUUGAAGGUCCCGAUAUCAAAGGUGGAAAGUUUCACAUGCCCUCUAUAGAUAUCUCUCUACCAAGAGGAGGAGCAGGAGGAGAUGUAGAUGUUGAAGGACAUGCAGGAAAAGGAGGAAAAUUUGAAAUGCCUAAAUUUGAUGUGUCCUUGCCUAAAUUAAAACCAUCAGGAGGUGAAAUCAAUGUUGAAGGUCCCGAUAUCAAAGGUGGAAAGUUUCACAUGCCCUCUAUAGAUAUCUCUCUACCAAGAGGAGGAGGAGGAGGAGAUGUAGAUGUUGAAGGACAUGCAGGAAAAGGAGGGAAAUUUGAAAUGCCUAAAUUUGAUGUGUCCUUGCCUAAAUUAAAACCCUCAGGAGGUGAAAUUAAUGUUGAAGGUCCCGAUAUCAAAGGUGGAAAGUUUCACAUGCCCUCUAUAGAUAUCUCUCUACCAAGAGGAGGAGCAGGAGGAGAUGUAGAUGUUGAAGGACAUGCAGGAAAAGGAGGAAAAUUUGAAAUGCCUAAAUUUGAUGUGUCCUUGCCUAAAUUAAAACAAUCAGGAGGUGAAAUCAAUGUUGAAGGUCCAGAUGUCAAAGGUGGAAAGUUUCACAUGCCCUCUAUAGAUAUCUCUCUACCAAGAGGAGGAGCAGGAGGAGAUGUAGAUGUUGAAGAACAUGCAGGAAAAGGAGGAAAAUUUAAAAUGCCUAAAUUUGAUGUGUCCUUGCCUAAAUUAAAACCAUCAGGAGGUGAAAUCAAUGUUGAAGGUCCCGAUAUCAAAGGUGGAAAGUUUCACAUGCCCUCUAUAGAUAUCUCUCUACCAAGAGGAGGAGGAGGAGACGUAGAUGUUGAAGGACAUGCAGGAAAAGGAGGAAAAUUUGAAAUGCCUAAAUUUGAUGUGUCCUUGCCUAAAUUAAAACCAUCAGGAGGUGAAAUCAAUGUUGAAGGUCCUGAUGUCAAAGGUGGAACGUUUCACAUGCCCUCUAUAGAUAUCUCUCUACCAAGAGGAGGAGCAGGAGGAGAUGUAGAUGUUGAAGGACAUGCAGGAAAAGGAGGAAAAUUUGAAAUGCCUAAAUUUGAUGUGUCCUUGCCUAAAUUAAAACCAUCAGGAGGUGAAAUCAAUGUUGAAGGUCCCGAUAUCAAAGGUGGAAAGUUCCACAUGCCCUCUAUAGAUAUAUCUCUACCAAGAGGAGGAGCAGGAGGAGAUGUAGAUGUUGAAGGACAUGCAGGAAAAGGAGGGAAAUUUGAAAUGCCUAAAUUUGAUGUGUCCUUGCCUAAAUUAAAACCAUCAGGAGGUGAAAUCAAUGUUGAGGGUCCCGAUAUCAAAGGUGGAAAGUUUCACAUGCCCUCUAUAGAUAUAUCUCUGCCAAGAGGAGGAGCAGGAGGAGAUGUAGAUGUUGAAGGACAUGCAGGAAAAGGAGGAAAAAUUAAAAUGCCUAAAUUUGAUGUAUCCUUGCCUAAAUUAAAACCAUCAGGAGGUGAAAUCGACAUUAAAGGUCCCGAUAUCAAAGGUGGAAAGUUUCACAUGCCCUCUAUAGAUAUCUCUCUACCAAGAGGAGGAGCAGGAGGAGAUGUAGAUGUUGAAGGACAUGCAGGAAAAGGAGGAAACAUUAAAAUGCCUAAAUUUGAUGUGUCCUUGCCUAAAUUAAAACCAUCAGGAGGUGAAAUCGACAUUGAAGGUCCCGAUAUCAAAGGUGGAAAGUUUCACAUGCCCUCUAUAGAUGUCACUCUACCAAGAGGAGGAGCAGGAGGAGAUGUAGAUGUUGAAGGACAUGCAGGAAAAGGAGGACAAUUUGAAAUGCCUGAAUUUGAUGUGUCUUUGCCUGAAUUAAAACCAUUAAGAGGUGAAAUCGACAUGGAGGGUCCCGAUAUCAAAGGUGGAAAGUUUCACAUGCCCUCUAUAGAUAUCUCUCUACCAAGAGGAGGAGCAGGAGGAGAUGUAGAUGUUGAAGGACAUCCAGGAAAAGGAGGAAAAUUUGAAAUGCCCAAAUUUGAUGUGUCCUUGCCUAAAUUAAAACCAUCAGGGGGUGAAAUCAAUGUUGAAGGUCCCGAUAUCAAAGGUGGAAAGUUUCACAUGCCCUCUAUAGAUAUCUCUCUACCAAGAGGAGGAGCAGGAGGAGAUGUAGAUGUUGAAGAACAUGCAGGAAAAGGAGGAAAAUUUAAAAUGCCUAAAUUUGAUGUGUCCUUGCCUAAAUUAAAACCAUCAGGAGGUGAAAUCAAUGUUGAAGGUCCCGAUAUCAAAGGUGGAAAGUUUCACAUGCCCUCUAUAGAUAUCUCUCUACCAAGAGGAGGAGGAGGAGACGUAGAUGUUGAAGGACAUGCCGGAAAAGGAGGAAAAUUUGAAAUGCCUAAAUUUGAUGUGUCCUUGCCUAAAUUAAAACCAUCAGGAGGUGAAAUCAAUGAUGAAGGUCCUGAUGUCAAAGGUGGAACGUUUCACAUGCCCUCUAUAGAUAUCUCUCUACCAAGAGGAGGAGCAGGAGGAGAUGUAGAUGUUGAAGGACAUGCAGGAAAAGGAGGAAAAUUUGAAAUGCCUAAAUUUGAUGUGUCCUUGCCUAAAUUAAAACCAUCAGGAGGUGAAAUCAAUGUUGAGGGUCCCGAUAUCAAAGGUGGAAAGUUUCACAUGCCCUCUAUAGAUAUCUCUCUACCAAGAGGAGGAGCAGGAGGAGAUGUAGAUGUUGAAGGACAUGCAGGAAAAGGAGGAAAAAUUAAAAUGCCUAAAUUUGAUGUGUCCUUGCCUAAAUUAAAACCAUCAGGACGUGAAAUCGACAUUGAAGGUCCCGAUAUCAAAGGUGGAAAGUUUCACAUGCCCUCUAUAGAUAUAUCUCUACCAAGAGGAGGAGCAGGAGGAGAUGUAGAUGUUGAAGGACAUGCAGGAAAAGGAGGAAAAAUUAAAAUGCCUAAAUUUGAUGUGUCCUUGCCUAAAUUAAAACCAUCAGGAGGUGAAAUCGACAUUGAAGGUCCCGAUAUCAAAGGUGGAAAGUUUCACAUGCCCUCUAUAGAUAUAUCUCUACCAAGAGGAGGAGCAGGAGGAAAUGUAGAUGUUGAAGGACAUGCAGGAAAAGGAGGACAAUUUGAAAUGCCUAAAUUUGAUGUGUCUUUGCCUGAAUUAAAACCAUCAGGGGGUGAAAUCGAGAUUGAGGGUCCUGGUAUCAAAGGGGGAAAGUUUCACAUGCCCUCCAUAGAUAUCUCUCUUUCAAGAGGAGGAGCAGGAGGAGAUCUAGAUGUUGAAGGACAUGCAGCAAAGGGAAGAAAAUUUGAAAUCCCUAAAGUUGAUGUUUCCUUGCCUAAAUUAAAACCAUCAGGAGGUGAAAUCAAUGUUGAGGGUCCCGAUAUCAAAGGUGGAAAGUUUCACAUGCCCUCUAUAGAUAUCUCUCUACCAAGAGGAGGAGGAGGAGGAGAUGUAGAUGUUGAAGGACAUGCAGGAAAAGGAGGAAAAAUUAAAAUGCCUAAAUUUGAUGUGUCCUUGCCUAAAUUAAAACCAUCAGGAGGUGAAAUCGACAUUGAAGGUCCCGAUAUCAAAGGUGGAAAGUUUCACAUGCCCUCUAUAGAUGUCUCUCUACCAAGAGGAGGAGCAGGAGGAGAUGUAGAUGUUGAAGGACAUGCAGGAAAAGGAGGAAAAAUUAAAAUGCCUAAAUUUGAUGUGUCCUUGCCUAAAUUAAAACCAUCAGGAGGUGAAAUCGACAUUGAAGGUCCCGAUAUCAAAGGUGGAAAGUUUCACAUGCCCUCUAUAGAUGUCUCUCUAGCAAGAGGAGGAGCAGGAGGAGAUGUAGAUGUUGAAGGACAUGCAGGAAAAGGAGGAAAAAUUAAAAUGCCUAAAUUUGAUGUGUCCUUGCCUAAAUUAAAACCAUCAGGAGGUGAAAUCGACAUUGAAGGUCCCGAUAUCAAAGGUGGAAAGUUUCACAUGCCCUCUAUAGAUGUCUCUCUAGCAAGAGGAGGAGCAGGAGGAGAUGUAGAUGUUGAAGGACAUGCAGAAAAAGGAGGACAAUUUGAAAUGCCUGAAUUUGAUGUGUCUUUGCCUGAAUUAAAACCAUUAAGAGGUGAAAUCGACAUGGAGGGUCCCGAUAUCAAAGGUGGAAAGUUUCACAUGCCCUCUAUAGAUAUCUCUCUACCAAGAGGAGGAGCAGGAGGAGAUGUAGAUGUUGAAGGACAUGCAGGAAAGGGAAGAAAAUUUGAACUGCCUAAAGUUGAUGUUUCCUUGCCUAAAUUAAAACCAUCAGGAGGUGAAAUCAAUGUUGAAGGUCCCGAUAUCAAAGUUGGAAAGUUUCACAUGCCCUCUAUAGAUAUCUCUCUACCAAGAGGAGGAGGAGGAGAUGUAGAUGUUGAAGGACAUGCAGGAAAGGGAAGAAAAUUUGAACUGCCUAAAGUUGAUGUGUCCUUGCCUAAAUUAAAACCAUCAGGAGGUGAAAUCAAUGUUGAAGGUCCUGAUGUCAAAGGUGGAAAGUUUCACAUGCCCUCUAUAGAUAUCUCUCUGCCAGGAACCACAGAUUGUAAUGCUAAGACCAAAGCUACUGGUGCCAAAAUUAGUGACUUAAAUGUACCUGAGUCCACUUUAAGUGGUAACAUCAAGCUGCCAACUGUGAAAAUACCAACUGUCGACAUAUCUGCUCCUAAAGUUGACCUGGACUUUACUCUUCCAAUGGCAAAGGGCCGUGAUAGAGACAAUAUUGAACUUCUCAAGGCGGAGAGUGGAAGACCGUCAUCCGGGGCAAGUUUUGAUAUUCCAGACGUCUCUGUAAAAAUGCCCAAAAUUUCACUCCCUAAAUUUGGCAGAAAAUUGAAAAGUGGAGACAAACUAGAACUAGAGAGUCCUGGCUUAUCUAUAGGCUUGGACAUAGAAAAAACAUCACCAUCAGUGGAAACUGAUGCCAAAAUGAAGUCCAAAAUCAAAAUGCCAUCCAUUGGAACAUCUGAAAAGGAUAUUGAAAUAAUUGGCCCUGAAGCUAAAAUGAAGAUAAAGGCAGACGCUGGAGAAAUUACAAAACCUGAAAUCAGAGUGGAGGGUCCUGAUGACAAGGUCAGAUACAAGCUCAAAUUCCCCAAAUUCAAGACACCUACUCCAAAAGCAAAGCUCAAAGAUGUAGAAAUAGAUAUGCCUGCAGUGGGUAACAAAGGAAAGGUCAAAAUGCCAGCAGUUGAGAUAUCAUUGCCAACAGCAAAUAUUCCAGAAUGUGAGGUAUUGCUUCCAAAAACUGAGGUUGAUGUAUCUGAAGCAGAUAUCAGAGGUUAUGAGGGCAGUUUAAAAAUUCCUAAGAUGCCAACUAUUGGCAUAUCAGUUCCAAAAGUUGAUUUAGAUGUUUCCUUGCCUAGGGUAAAACUUCAUAAACCAGAAGACUCAAAAUCUUCUGACUUAAACAUUGAUAGUAAUAGAGGUAUGGUAAAUUUCCCCCAUGUUAAAAUCCCCAAAGUAGACCUUUCACUUCCACAUGGAAAAACAGGAGACACAGGUAUUCAUGAGGUGGAGAUUGGAAAGAGGGGUAAAUUAAGAAUGCCAGAAGUGGAAAUAUCAUUACCUCAUGUGAAAAAUGACACAUCUAGCGCUGACAUUGAAAUUAAAGGUGAAAAAAUUGCAGUGCCUGAUGUUGAUAUAUCUUUGCCUCGUGGAAAAACAAAAGAAACUGAUUAUCCUGAUUCAGAAUCUGGAGCUAAAGGAAGUAAAUUAAAAAUGCCAGACAUCACAGUGCCUAAGAUAGAUUUAUCGCUACCUCGCGGAAGCAAAGGAGAAAGUCAUGCACCAGAUUCAGAACUAGAAGGUGGAAAAUUAAAGAUGCCAACAGUUGAUAUAUCCUUUCCUAAAAUAAAAUCUAAAGAGGUUGCUCCAGAACUUCAGCCUGGUGAAGUAAAAGGUAAAGUCACGGUCCCUGGAAUUAAACUACCAACAGUAGAUAUCUCAUUACCUCAUGGUAAAAUAGAAGACAUUGAUACUCUUGAACUGGGAGCGUGUGGCAAAGAAGGGAAAUUCAAAUCGCCUAAUAUCAAAAUUCCAAAAGUAGAUAUAUCAUUAGAAGGACAACAAGAGAAUACAGAAAAAACAGAGAUCAGAAAACAAGGUGGAAACUUUGAAUUACCAAAAAUAGCAAUGCCUAAAGUGGAUAUAUCAUUACCCUAUGGCAAAACGGGCGACACUGGGGCUUCAGGAUCUGUGAAAGUAAAAGGUGGACAACAUAAAAUGCCUGAUAUUAAGAUACCACAGGUAGACAUAUCAUUACCAAAAGGUAAAACUGGAGAGUUUGAUACUAAAGAAGUAGAAUCUGGAGGAGGGGGUGGAAAAUUCACUGUGUCAAAUGUUAAAAUCCCAAAAGUAGAUAUAGUAAUGUCAAGUGAUGCAGACAAGUCAGUUCCUUCUACUGAUGCAGGACUUAAAGAUGCACAUAAAGAGGGUAAAAAGAUGAGGAUGCCAACUACAUAUAUAGAGGAACCUAAUGUGGAUCUAGAGUUGGAUCUUGGCUUAUCGAAAAAAGGAAAAAAUAAUAAAAAGAAGACUAAACUUCCAGAAAUUGAUCUUAGCCCCACUGCACCAAAAGAAAAAAGAAAAGGACCAAAAGUUAAAGGUUCAAAAUUUAAUAUUGGAAUGCCAAAAGUAAAAGUAUCUGCAUUAGAAAUUGACAUAACCAAGCCUGGAAAAAAGGAUGCAAACUUGACAGCUGAUUUACCAGCACCAAAGAUUCCCGAACUUGACUUUGACAUUGAGACUGCCCAAGUUGACACUAAUCACUCUGAAGAAGAUAAAAAGCAGAUGGGUAAAGUCAAAAUUCCAAAGUUUGGGAUACCUCUGCCAUCUUUAAGUUCACCUGAAGUUAACAUCACAUCAUCUCGGGCAAAAGGUCACUCUGUAAACGUAGACUCUGAGGUAGACUAUGAGGGCCCACGUAUGCCAAAAGUAACAAAAGCUGUAUUUGUUAUGGUGAAUCCGCAAACCGAGAGCACUGCUAGUGUAGGUGGUGAAGCAAGUGCAGAAAUUGGAGAUGAGAAGCUCAAGCUGGCAAAGAAAAAAAUGAAGUCGAGUUUUGGCAAGUCUCAAUCAAAUGAAAAGGGGAAUGCAGUAAAUUUGGAACAGGAGGUUGAAACUGAAGGGAAGUCAAAAACUGGUAAGCUUAAAUUACCCAAAGUCACAUUUUCAUCUGGGCAGAGAGGAUCGUUUGAUGUAACACCAAGCGGGUCUGAUGAUGGAACAAGCCUAAAUGGUGACAAAGAUGAAAAAGCAAUGUUUGGAAAGCUGAAAUUGCCCAAAUUGGAGUUUUUCUCACCCUACUCAAAAGAGACGGUUCAGGAAGAGGAAAUGGAAACAAGCAUGACACGUCUCGAGAAGGAGACCUCGGGGGAAAGCAAGGAGACAAAGACAAUAUCAGGCACAGUGAGAGAGACUGAUACUUUAGUAUAUUCAAAAGCAAGGACUGAAAUGCUAGCAGAACGGGAGGGAUCCGAGUCCCCAAUAGCUACAGUAUCAGCUGCGUUUGUCUCCGUAAAGAAGAGUGAAGAAAGACAGGAAACAACAUGUUUCAAAGUACCCAAGUUUACCCUUAGUCCCCAUUCUACUGGCAUCCUUCACAUCACACCAGAAAGCUCUCCGAAAGGAAGCAAGUCCUCUCUUCAUUGCUCUAGUGAGGAAGCCUCUGGAGGUUUCUAUGUGAAGAUGCCAAGCGUUGAAUAUUUGACCCAUGAAAUGUCCUCAGAGCAUCUGAUUACUAAAACAGAGGGAACUCUUACAGUAGUGACUAAGACAACAAAGUAUACAGAAACAAAAAGUAGCAGUUCGAAACAGUAAGCAUCUCAGUUACAGAACAAGACAUACAGUUGGAAGUGGAAUAAUAUAUAGGCCAUAUCAAUAUUUUUAUAGGUGGCAAUUAUUUCAGUAUAAUUUAUUAUUUCUAUUUUUUUCUUUGUUUGCUUAAAUAAUAAUAAUAAGAAAAACAUAUGCAUAAGGAAAAUGUUGCAACAAAAAGAGUAUUAUUAAAUCACUGUAGACUUAUUUUCAUGUUUUGUAACUUGCCACUCAGUAUGACACUUUGAAUUGAUAUAUCUGUAAAGAUUUUUCUCUGAUUAAUCACAUUUUGUUGUAGAUAAGAAACAUACAACAUAGGCACAAAUCUGUGCAAAACAGACAGAUACAGACAUUUAGACAUAUUACUUUUAUUUUAGUUUUUGCUUAUGCUUUUAUUGUGCAGUCUUAUCACAGUACGCCAUUUAAAUUGUAGAAUUUUACAGCAUUUUGGAAAUAUUGCUUUGCUUUUUUGAUGCCUGGUUUGUCUAUGUGGUUUUUUGGUUGUUGUUAUGGAAUUCUGUUUAUUUUAGAUACUAUUAGAAAUACAUGUACUAUUUUUACAUAUUUAUAUGCAUGAUCUGUACAGAUAGGACUCUAAAAAAAAAGAAACCUGUGAUGUUGAGUUUUUUUUGUGAUACAUAUUUUUGUCAUAAAUUCAAAUAUACAUUUUUUUCCAUCAGAUUUUCUAAGGAUUGUGAUAUGCUGUACCAGAUUGCCUUUCUCUGUUUGAAAACACUGAGUGUGAAAAAAAAAUGCAUUUCCUUUUUAAAAUGAACUCUUGUGUUGAUGGAUUUAGCCUACAUGCUAGGAAUAUGUAUAUGUAUAUUAUAUUUAAGGCAGGUUUCAGUACUGAACUGCAUGUUUGUAAUGUGUUGCUUUUCUGAAACAGUCAUUUAGAUGAUGCUUAUCUCCAUCUAAUGCAAAAAUAGAAUACUCAAAUAAAAUAUUAACAUUUUAA